UGUUUGUUUGCUCAUUGCAGCAAAGGCCACAUUGUUCUCUUUGUAUCAAACCAUUCUGGGCAUUGCUUCAUUGAUUUGUCUUUGGUCCGGCUGGUACUGUUUCCACAGCUUCACUGCUUCCACUACUCAUUUCUCUACCACUGUCAUUUCUUUCUAUAUGUAAGAAAAUGUCAGAGAGAGAAGGACUGAGUGCAAACGCGACCCACUUUACUUUAGAGGGAGUACCGUUUAGGAUCCUGGGCGGCUCGAUCCACUACUUUCGGGUCCCCAGGGCUCACUGGAGAGACCGGCUACUGAAACUCAAGGCCUGUGGUCUCAACACUCUCACCACGUAUGUGCCGUGGAAUCUGCAUGAACCUGAAAGAGGAGUGUAUGUGUUUCACGAGGAGCUGGAUUUGGAGGCAUACGUUCGUCUUGCAGAUGAAUUAGGCCUGUGGGUUAUUCUUCGUCCAGGGCCGUACAUAUGUGCCGAAUGGGAUCUGGGUGGGUUACCAAGCUGGCUACUGCAAGACAAACAAAUGAAACUAAGAACGACUUACUCUGGUUUCACAACUGCCAUUAAUUCAUACUUUGAUAAACUCAUGCCGAAAAUCGUACCGCUCCAGUUUAAAAGAGGGGGUCCUGUUAUUGCUCUUCAAGUGGAGAAUGAAUAUGGUUCAUAUGCAAAAGAUGACCAGUAUAUGUCGUUCAUCAAAGAGGCAUUACUGUCCCAGGGCAUCUCAGAACUUCUCCUGACAUCAGAUAACCGGGAAGGGUUGAAGUGUGGAGGGGUUGAUGGAGUCUUGCAGGCAGUCAACCUACAGAAAUUGUCUUACGGUGACGUACAGCAUCUUGCAGAAUUGCAGCCACAGAAGCCGUUGCUGGUAAUGGAGUAUUGGUCAGGCUGGUUUGAUGUUUGGGGGGAACCUCAUCAUGUUUUUGAUGCGCAAGAAAUGAUCUCCACGGUGCGGGAGCUUCUGGAUCGCGGUGUGUCCAUCAAUUUCUACAUGUUUCAUGGAGGAACCAGCUUUGGAUUCAUGAAUGGAGCGAUCGACUUUGGCACCUACAAACCACAGACGAGCAGCUACGAUUAUGAUGCUCCAUUAACUGAGAGCGGCGAUUACACAGUCAAAUAUCAUCUCUUGAGGAACCUGCUGAGCACUUACAACAAUGAGCCGUUAUUAGAUCCACCGUCUGUUCAGAGCAGGAGAGCGUAUGAGCCUGUGGUUGUCACUCAUUACAUUUCUCUAUGGCAGAGUCUUCAGUGUGUGGAAACCCGUAUCAGAGCUGAUGAUCCCCUCAACAUGGAGAAUCUUCCAGCAAAUGGCAUCAAUGGUCAGUUUUAUGGCUACACGCUCUAUGAAACUGACAUAUAUACAGGUGGAGAACUCAACUCCAGGAAUCAUGUCCGAGACAGAGCUCUUGUGUUUAUCGACAGGGAACUCAUUGGUGUUUUGGACUAUAGGACUCAGAAGAUUAGAAUACCCCAUAUUAAGGGCGAGAUGACCUUGGGUUUGCUUGUUGAGAACUGUGGGAGAGUGAACUACGGUCCAGGCCUGGACAACCAACGAAAGGGCAUUGUGAAAUCUCCUUUUUCAAUCUUCCUCACAUAUUGUCGAUAUUGCAGUUGUGAACUUCUGCUUCUCCUGGUUUUCUCUCCUUCAGAUACGGUACUAAUGUAUUGGCAGAAUUUCAUUUUUAUUGAUUUUUCCUUUCAUGCAGGGCUUGUUGGAGAUAUAACUCUGAACGAUGUACCUCUAAAGAAAUUCACCAUGUACUGCUUGGAAAUGAAGCCCAGUUACAUAAACAGACUGGAGUCACUGAAAUGGGUGUCUGUUGGUAAGAAGCCCUCGUACCCAGCGUUUUUUAGAGGAAGACUGGUUGUGGAUGAACCCACAGAUACUUUUGUGAAGCUUCCAAACUGGAGCAAAGGAGUGGUUUUUGUGAACGGGCGAAAUCUUGGACGCCACUGGUCAGUUGGUCCUCAGAAAGGUCUCUAUCUCCCUGGUCCCUGGCUCAGAAGUGGAGAUAAUCAGAUUGUUGUUUUUGAGGAGUUCAAAGCUGAUGAAACAAUCCAUUUAUCUGAAAAUCCAGAAUAUGGCAAGAUAAUCGACGUAUCCAGACAUCCCUUCUGCACCCUCAUGUGAUGAAGUCUUUCAGUUUUACAUUAAAUAUGACUUAAGCACUAUAUUCCAGCACACAUAAGUAGUAUAUAUGGGGGUCAUAGUGUCAAAAUGAUUGACAGGUAUGAUUGAUGGGGUCAUUGACCUUUGCAGAGGGGGGAGGGGUGAAUUACUUCCGGACCACCCACGUUGCGAGGGACCGCCCACUUGCUUUGACCUUUGACCGUAUCCGCCCCUUAGUGUGGUACGCCCACGUCGCGUUGAACUUUUGACCGUGCCCUCACGUCCCAUUUUUCCGGGGCAUGUUUUAGGCCAUGUUUUAGGAUGUAUUGCUACAUAUCUUCAGCAUGAAUGAAAAUAUGUAAUUUAAAGGAGAUGAUGAGAUCAUUAUUAAUACGCAAUCAUUGGUUAUUUAAACAGCGUUUAAAAAUAAUAAUGAAUAAGACAACAACUACACAAACACUGUUUGAAUAAACAAUCAGGUUUAAAUGAAUAAUCAUGUGAUUAAAUAAAUAAAUAAAGCAUCUAUUAAAUAAGUAAAGAAGUAAUUAUACAAUGUAUUCAAUAUAUGAGAGAGGAAAGGCAGAGAGGCCUUGCAGAUUACCUUGUUUUUCAGAGUUUUCACCCAGUCUAUAACAUUCCAGUGAGAGGUGUCCGCACCAAGGCUCGUAAAUUUGUUUGAAAGAGGAGGAUUGUAACCGGGUGUAUUUCAACUUGUUUUGUAGGUGUCGACCUGUAGGUGACAGCGUCGGACAUUUUAAUCGGGUACGAUUUGUUUUACGUCCAUAGCGUGAAAUUUGACCUUGUUAUUUGAGAAUCAUAAGCGCUAGCAGCUCGGUUCAAGACAGCGAAGCUUUGUUUAGGAAUAACAACUGUUUCCCACCUGGCAUCAGUAGAUCACAUGAAACAAUGCGUGACGAAUCGACCUGUGCGUUACAAGCAUUCUAUGGGUCAAUCUCAUCUUUAAUCUCGCUAUAGCUCUCUAACUAAUCAGACACUGUGUCUACAACACUGUAUAAUUAAAGCGCAUGUUUUUCCUAACUGCAUGGAGCGGUGUCUUUAAAUGGUGUCCAUGAUGUUCCCCCUAUCAUGACUGUUUUCCUUCUGUCUGAGAAGAUGCCAGUGCGUCCACCAACCAAGGGUGAAGAAAAAAAAAACAUCUUUAUUGCUAGUGUUCAUAGCAUCACAGCAGGCAGUUGAGUGAUUCCUUAAAACACAAAGCAGAUUUUGAUUGAACAGCAAGAAUCCGUAAAUUGAAUGUACGUCAUGUUCAUUUCAUGAAUGUUUUUUUUAUAUCAUGCCUCCAGGUUGUAUCAUAAAAUAA